AUGACACCGGCGCCAACACUUGUGGCUGAUUCAGCCGCCGCCCAAGCUGACACCGACGCACAGAGCUCCGAAAGCAAGUCGCCAAUGGCGCUCAUGCAGCAAGCGAUUCUUCAGCAAGCUCCGAGUCUGCACCGCAUUCCUCGGACAGGCAACUUCCUGCACGCGCCGCCGCUGCUCUGGACACCAGACGAGCGCGUUGCAGCGAUCGAUACGCUGGUCCGCGCCAUCACAGCGAUCGAGACGGGGCAGCCGAUGGUUCACGAGCCAUACUUGGUCUUCGCACCGGUUCCUCCGGGGCGACUGGACGUGGCGCUCGAGUAUGAAGAGACCUUGCUGCGCGGGUUGCUGGCGAGAGCCCAUGAGGUGGGCGUUCUAUAG